CUUUGUUGUUCUGUGUCAUCAAAAAAGUGAAAAAAUAAGCUUCUCAAUUUUUAUGUUUUAUGCUGUAAUCAUAACGAUGUCACUGCACUCUUGUUUUCAUGAUUGGUUUUUAAAAUAAAGGCAGAGUUGUUCAAGCUUCAAAGAUGUUCAGGAAUUUCGGCAGAUCGAUAAACAACUUCAAUAAACCCUCUUCGAGCAUCAGAUCUUGCAUAGUCCGAUAUGCCCAACAACUGGAGAACAAUCAUAAACCAAACAACCUAGAGAAGAAAUUCCUGGUAUGGACAGGAAAGUACAAAACCGUUGACGAAGUUCCACCAUUGGUAUCCCAAGUAACCAUGGAGAGAUGCAGAAAUAGGAUGAGAAUAAAGAUUUCAAAUUACAUGAUGGCUGCAACAGCAUUAGGAUGUUUUGCAAUGGUGUACCUUGGCAAACGAGCUGCUAAAAGUGGUGACACGGUGGUCAAGCAGAACAUAGAGUGGCACAAGAAGAUUAAGGAAGAGAGUGAGGGGAAAACAGCCACUACUUGAUUGUUUUAAAUGAGCCAGAUUUGUGUGCAAAAAAACACCUUCCUUGAUAUUAUAGGUCAUAUAGAAUUGUGUAGAUUGUCUUUUGAUGUAAAUAAAAUGCUUUAUUUUUUACAGAUUUGUUCUUCUAAGUUUA